CAGACUUGCCGACCUGCACGACUCUGGCCAUGGGGAACAGCCACUGUGUCCCUCAGGCCCCCAGGAGGCUCCGGGCCUCCUUCUCCAGAAAGCCCUCACUGAAGGGAAACAGAGAGGACGGCGCACGGAUGCCGGCUGGCCUGCUGGGCCCCGAGGCUGCUCGAAGCGGGGACGCCGCCGCCAACAAGCUCUUCCACUACAUCCCCGGCACGGACAUCCUGGACCUGCAGAACCAACGAGAAAACCUGGAGCAGCCGUUCCUGAGUGUGUUCAAGAAGGCGCGGCGGAGGGUGCCUGUGAGGAACCUGGGAAAGGUCGUACAUUACGCCAAGGUCCAGCUGCGGUUCCAGCACAGCCAGGAUGUCAGCGACUGCUACCUGGAGCUGUUCCCCGCCCACCUGUACUUCCAGGCCCACGGCUCGGAAGGACUCACCUUUCAGGGGCUGUUACCACUGACGGAGCUGAGCGUCUGCCUGCUGGAGGGGUCCCGAGAGCACGCCUUCCAGAUCACAGGCCCGCUGCCCGCACCCCUCCUGGUGCUCUGCCCCAGCCGGGCCGAGCUGGACCGCUGGCUUUACCACCUGGAGAAGCAGACGGCCCUCCUUGGGGGGCUGCAACACUGCCACUCGGCACCGCCACAGGGGUCCUGUGGAGACGAGCUCCCCUGGACUCUGCAACGCCGCCUAACCCGGUUGCGGACGGCGUCAGGGCACGAACCCGGCGGCAGCGCUGUCUGUGCCUCGAGGGUCAAGCUGCAGCACCUGCCCGCACAGGAGCAGUGGGACCGGCUCUUGGUCCUGUACCCGACGUCCCUGGCCAUUUUCUCCGACGAGCUGGACGGGCUUUGCUUCAAGGGGGAGCUCCCACUCCGUGCGGUCCACAUCAACCUGGAGGAGAAGGAGAAGCAUAUCCACUCCUUCCUGAUCGAAGGCCCCCUCAUCAACACCAUCCGCGUGGUGUGCGCCAGCUACGAGGACUACAGCCACUGGCUGCUGUGCCUUCGUGCCGUCACCCACAGGGAGGGGGCCCCGCCGCUGCCUGGCGCCGAGAGCUUCCCAGGGCUGCAGGUUACGGGCAGUGGCCGAGGCUCACUGUCCUCAGGCGGACGGACCAGCUGGGACUCGGGGUGCCUGGCGCCCCCCUCCACACGCACCAGCCACUCCUUGCCUGAGUCCUCAGUGCCAUCCACUGUGGGCUGCUCCUCCCAGCACACACCGCUGAACAGGCUGAGCCUGGAGAACAGCCCAGACGCCCCUGACCACGCUUCGGAAACUUCACACUCACCCCUCUACGCUGACCCCUACACGCCCCCUGCCACCUCCCACCGCAGGGUCACCGAUGUCCGGGGCCUGGAGGAGUUCCUCAGUGCCAUGCAGAGCUCACCUGGACCUGUGCCCUUGAGCCCACACCCCUUGGUGCCUGUGUCUGUGCCUGCCUCUGACCCCGGCUCCAGCUCCUCUGGCCCCUCGGGCCCCCACUUGCUCUCCAAGAAGGGAGUCCUGCAGUCCAGAGCCUCUCAGAGACACCGGGGCUCAGCCAAGGACGGGGGGCCACAGCCCCCAGACUCCCCUCAGCUUGUCUCCUCUGCCAGGGAAGGUUUGCCUGAACCCCGGCUGCCUCUGACAGAUGGCUGGUCCCCCAGGAGGAGCCAAGGUCCCAGCUACGACCACCUCUGGGACGAGACUUUGUCUUCCUCCCACCGGAAGUGCCCCCAGCUUGGAGGGCCUGAGGCCAGUGCGGGUCUGGUGCAGUGGAUCUGAUGGCCACAGUGAGGCCGGCUCUCAGGACCACCCUCACCAAGCUCCAGGGUACCCGCCCCUCUAACCCACUUCAAAUUACAAGUCAGGGUCUGAACCCAGUGUGAUGGGGGGGUCUCUGGGGCCCUGAGUUCAGAGCCUGUCCCUCAGUUCCUGCUCCUCAGUGCCAGCAGCUGGGGCAGGGAGGGGCAGGAAGGGCUCACCCCAAGGAUGCCCUGGCUGGCGAGGUGGGUCACAGGUCAGGGAGGUCCUGGCCAUCCACAGGGUCGGCCGUCAGCUCAGCUCGCCAGGAGUCGGGGGGAGACUCACUGGGAGUGGGAGGGGGGCGGCAUGGGCGUGAAGGUCGGAGGAAAGAGAAAGGUCAGCAGGGUCAGGGUAUGUGAGGUCAGAGGGCAUGAGGGUCACAGGUCAGCAAGGUGUGAGGAGCACUGGCCAGGGUGUCCCAAGGAGGAGGGCGGGUGGGUCCUUGCAUGGCCUGGGCAUGCGCCAUAGGGCAGCACGGGAGUUGCUGACACCACCGGACGAGAAAGAA